AAGCUCGGACAUGCGCAGUUGAGCCGACAGUCGCGGGUUAUGGAGGGCUCCCGGAGACUGCGUAUUGUCCCCCUGACGUGACAGCUGAUGCGUGGCUGAGUCCUCGGGCCAGCAGGACAGACAGCUAGCUGCCCGGAGAGUACAGACGCAGUUGGGGUAGGGGAGACUAAGCGGAGGCCACACGGAAACCAGUGAUUUUAUUCUUAGCAAUGCGGACGCUGAAUGUUUUGGCAAGCUAACCCCGUCCCUCUUGACAGGAACUAAACUGGACAAAAACAGAGAGUGGAACGACAGUUAGCUUAGUUUAAAUGUUAAUGUCAUUUAAAGCACACUUAUGGUCACAAUGUCCUGUACUGGAAACCUGGUUUGGGAUGUUAAUAAACGCUUAAUUGGAUACAACGAACCGAACACCAUCAGGACUAACUACUUGGGUAGAAGAGAAUUCGUCCAGAGGCUAAAGCUUGAAUCAACUCUGAAUGUGCAUGAUGGCUGUGUCAACACGAUAUCCUGGAAUGAGACGGGCGAGUACAUCCUGUCGGGGUCAGAUGAUACAUUUUUGGUCAUCACAAACCCUUACAACAAAAAGGUUAAGACAUCCAUACGCUCAGGUCAUCGUGCAAACAUCUUCAGCGCCAAGUUCAUGCCCCACACCAACGAUCAGGAGAUCAUCUCCUGCUCGGGAGACGGCAUCAUCUACUACACCCACACGGAGAAGAGUCCUGAGUACAACAGGCAGUGCCAGUUCACCUGCCAUUACGGAACAGCUUACGAGAUUAUGACUGUACCAAAUGACCCGUACACCUUCCUUUCGUGUGGAGAGGACGGCACGGUCCGGUGGUUCGACCUGCGCAUGAAAACCAGCUGCACUAAAGAAGACUGCAAAGACGACAUACUGAUAAACUGUCGGAGAGCUGCCACGUCCAUAUCCAUAUCUCCUCUGGUGCCGUACUAUCUGGCUGUGGGCUGCUCUGACAGCUCAGUGCGGAUCUACGACAGACGCAUGUUGGGCACCAGAGCCACAGGUAACUACAUGGGACGAGGAACGACUGGCAUGUGUGUCCGCUUUGUUCCCACCCACCUGUCCAACAAGUCCUGCCGAGUCACGUCGCUCUGCUACAGCGAGGAUGGUCAGGAGGUGCUGGUCAGCUACUCCUCCGAUUACAUCUACCUGUUCGAUCCUAAAGACGACCAGGCGCGGGAGCUCAAGGGCCCGUCAGAGGAGAGGAGGGAGGAGCUGAGGCAGCCUCCAGUGAAGCGCCUCCGCCUGAGAGGGGACUGGUCCGACACCGGACCCCGAGCCCGUCCUGAGAGCGAAAGGGAAAGAGACGGAGAACAGAGUCCAAACGUGUCGCUGAUGCAGAGGAUGUCUGACAUGUUGUCCCGGUGGUUUGAGGAGGCCAGCGAGGCACAGAGCAGCAGAGGAGCUCGCCCGCAGGCUCGACCCAGAGGAACAGCUGUUCGUCCUGAGGGGGGGCUAAGCAAUCCUCCUGCCCCAACAGUCGACUCCACGCAGGAGUCCAGCGCCCCCGAGAGGCCCUCAGGGCCAAACCCCACAGAGGAGCCUGUCAGUCCUGCAGAGGCCGCUGCCGCCACGCUCAAAUCCACAUCCUCAUCCUCCUCGGGAUCGUCCUCCGCUGUCACAGCGCCCCCCACCUCCAGCUCCUCCCCACUGGAAAGCUCCGCCCCUUCUUCUUCACCAAUCACGUCCUCCCCAGACUCCGAUCAGAGGAGUCAGACCGACGCAACAGAGAUGCCGACCUCUACGCCCACCUCUGAGCCCACGCUCUCAGAGUACGGUCCUCACCGGUUGCCCAUAAGUUUAGUGUGUAGACGUUUGCAGAGGUUGCUCCGGCUGGCAGACCCCCCAGGACAGGCCCAGAGAGCGGCCUCGUCCUCCUCUCCUUCCUCCUCCUCCUCCUCCCCAGCAGCCUCUGAGAGACGGACACAAAGAAGUGCUCCUCCUCCUUCUGCUGCUGCAGAUUCCCCCUCGUCUGUGGUAAACAAACAGCUGGGAUCCAUGACUCUUGAUGAGCAGCAGGGAGCUGCAGGUUCCCUUCAUGAUGAAUGUGUCACCGCAGGAGCCAGCAGCAGCACCACGCCGCCUGCCACCACCUCCACCUCCGUGUCCACCAGUCGACUGAACACAGCAGAACCGGUCCUCAGCUUGCACUACAGCUCAGAGGGAACCACCACCAGCACCAUCAAGCUGGACUUCACAGAUGAGUGGAGCAGCAGCAGGUCCAGCUCUAUGGGGGAGCCGAAAACGUUGGAGCCUCCUGCUCCUCCGAGCAAAGAGAGUCUGACGGCUGAGAGUUCAGUCUCAGAACAGGCUCACAGUGAGUCCUCGGCGCAGCAAAGUUCCCCCGCUGCUGCCGCCUCUGCAGAACCUCCCUGCUCCGCCUCCGGUUCUACUGUCCCGAGCAGCUCAGGUCCGGAGGAGGGUUCAUCGUCCGAGCGGAUCAGCGCAGCAUCUUCUCAGGACAGAAGCCAAUCAGGGCCUUCGGAGGAUACAUCAGGGGGCUGCAGGAGGGCGGAGCCAGCUGGAGAGGAAGGGGAGGGCAGCCAGAGUCAGCCGGCGCGCGGCAGCCAGGACUCAGACGACAGCGACGACGAUCCAAUUCCCAUCCCGAUGUCCAGAUUCAGAGGACAGGGCCAGAGUUCCAGGGGAUCUGCAGUAGGAGAUAGGAUGAUCAGGCGCUCGGCUGCGGCUCGCAUCCAGGAGCUGUUUCGCAGGAGGAAAGAAAGGCGGGAGAUGGAAGAGAGCGAGACGCAGAAUAUCAGGAGGCCUUCUGUCAAAAUGGUCUACAAGGGCCACCGUAACUCUAGGACAAUGAUUAAGGAGUCGUGCUUCUGGGGAAACAACUUUGUGAUGAGCGGCUCAGACUGCGGACACAUCUUCAUCUGGGACCGACACACCGCCGAGCACUUGAUGCUGCUGGAGGCCGACAACCACGUAGUCAACUGUCUGCAGCCGCACCCGUACGACCCCAUUCUGGCUUCUUCUGGGAUAGAUUAUGACAUAAAGAUAUGGUCGCCGCUGGAAGAGUCGCCGUCUUUCAAUAGACAGCUGGCUGUUGAGGUAAUAACCCGGAACGAGCUCAUGCUGGAGGAAACGAGGAACACAAUCACAGUCCCGGCUUCGUUCAUGCUCCGCAUGCUGGCCUCCCUCAAUCACAUCAGAUCAGAUCGACUCGAGGGCGAUCGCUCUGAAGGCUCAGGCCAGGAAAACGAGGACUAGCCGGCGCCGCCAGGAGGCUGACAGAAGAAAACACUAUUUGCUGUACAGCACUUGAAGAAAACCAGAGAUUUGUACCUGUUCUGUAGAGACAACUUUGUAAUUUUAGUGGAAUUUCUAGCCCCUGGUGUUUUUUUAAAGACGACUUUCUUACCGAUGUUUGUGUGUGAGGAUCAUCUGCGUCUGUGCGAAUGCAACGAGGACGUCGAUACAAAUAUGCAGUGUGAGGUGGAGCGUGUGAAAGGAUGUAAAGUGCAAUAUUGUUUCUGUUUGGAGAAGGUGAGCUCAGUGUUAACUUUGGAUAUUAUUUUUUUUUUCUGAAUUUGUAGCAAAGAACUGUGGAUGUGCUCCUGCAACCGCUGCCGCCGCGCAUGUGAAUACGGACUUAAAGUAACACGCAAAUGCUUUAACUUUUGCUGUUGGAAAAAAGAAAAACGGUGACUCCCAAAAAAAAGUAAAUAAAAAAAAGGUGUAUUGUUUUAUAGAACCUGAUGGAAAAUAAAAGAUUUAAAAACA